CUUUCAUUAUGUCUGUGGUGGAACUUAAGAGCUGGAAUCCUUUUCCAGGUCUCUUUGGUGCGUAGCUCAGUCUGUGGGAGAUGGCGGAAGAGAAGCUGGAGGCGGUGAAGGACGUGGAGGAGGAGAAGACGGCCAUCGUGCCGGCGUCGGAGAAGAAGCCUGACGACUUCAAGGCUCUCGCCAUCGUAGAGCAGGUUGAGGAUCCUGAGAAAAGCUCUGGGGAUUCAGAUGACAGAGAUGCUGUUCUUGCAAGGAUUGUAGCAGAGAAGAGAUUGUCAUUGAUCAAGGCAUGGGAAGAAAAUGAAAAGUUUAAAGCAGAAAACAAGGCACUCAAGAAAAUAUCAUCUAUUAACGCAUGGGAGAACUCAAAGAAGGCAGAGGUGGAAGCUGAGCUGAAAAAGAAAGAGGAAGAACUCGAGAAAAAGAAAGCAGAGUAUGCAGAGGAAGUGAAGAAUAAAAUUGCAUUGAUUCACAAGGAAGCAGAAGGGAAGAGAGCAGUUGCUGAGUCUAGGCGCGGUGAAGAGGUCCUCAAGACUGAGAAAAAGGCUGCAAAAUAUCGUGCCACCGAGCUUGUUCCAGUUCUCCAAAGAAGGCUUUUUGAUUUUUUCCAGUCCUAAAAAUUGACCUUUCGUGACAAAUUGAAGAUGCUAUUCAACUGAUACUUGUAUUUUCUGAGUGUGUUAUAUCAAAAUUUUAGGUAGAGCUUUUUAUGAGAAAGUUGUGCUAAUUGUUUAGAGAGGUUUGGUUGGAAUCCUGGUGUUUUGAUCUGUAAAGUGUGUUUCAUGUAGACAAGUGUUCAACUCUUAAUACUCUUCAAUGUGGACAUUCUCCUGUGUGUUUAAACCAACAUUUAAUUA